CUGAUUGGUCAGUAGCUGGGACAGGGUGACUGAUUUCGAUCUCUUUAUCUCGAACUUCACCUGCUCCGGAGGGGUUAACCGUUCAGCCAAAUGUUACCCUGGUGACCCCCCACCCCCCGGUAAGAAGAGAACCGGCUUCGUAGGACGGAAAAACCCGGAGUUAAACCGGAAGUUACCUCGAUAACGCGAGUACAGGGCCACCGCUGCGGAGGGUGCGUUACCAUGGUGACACAAAGCGGGUAACAUCACUACCGUAAACAAACACUCCUGCUCCAAAAUGGGGGACGAGCAGCAGCAGACUGGCCCCCAACGCAUUUUCGUCAGCGACGUCGACAGGUACUCCUCCAAACACAUCGCCAAGUUCUUGUCGACGUGUUUGACCGAAGGGACCCCGGAGGAGGACGAGGCCUCCCCCCCGGGCGAACCUGCUUUCCGGGUAGUGGGAUCUGUGUCUUCUUCCUCCAAAAGGGACAGGACGAGCUUUGUACAGGAACAAUAUGUGUCGCCCAGUCAAGAUGAGCUCCUUCAGCACCUGCUGGAGUGUGAUGUGGUCGUGUACAACAUCUCAGACAAUGCCACACAAGAGCAGGUUGCAAAGGCAUCCUGGGCGAUAACAGCUCUCCAUGCUGAGCAGGAAAACUUUAAGUCUCAGAAAAUGUUCAUCUUAGUCUCGACAUUGAUGACCUGGGCCAUGACAAAGCCACAGGAUCCGGAUGAGACAGAUUAUGUGCUAUCGGAAGAAGAGUUCAGGAGAAGAAGGCCUCAUCCCAGCUUCAAAGACCACAACGAUGUGGAGAAACUUGUGCUCAAAUUAGGCAGAGGGAAAAAGUCCAAACUCGCCGGUUAUGUUGUAGCUAGUGGCCUUCAGUACGGAAUGGGGGAGAAUCUCUUCCACUACUUUUUCAAGGUAUCUUGGAUGGGAAAGUUUCCAAAAGUUCCUGUAUUUGGAGAGGGCACAAAUAACAUCCCCAUGAUUCAUGUAAAUGACCUUGCCGGAGUGAUUCAAAACAUAAUUGAACUGAAACCAAAGUCUAAGUACACUGUUGCUGUCGACGAUUCCAAGAACACUUUGGAGGAAAUAAUAAAGAUGAUCAGUAAUACACUUGGGCCAGGGGAAAUUAUCAAUGUACCCGAGCAGGAAGCCAUCGCCACAAAGGGUUUUGAGCCAGAGGAGCUGCAGUUCCUGAGCGUCAACCUCCGGCUGGACGUUGAAAUUUUAAAAGAGUCCUUCAACAUCCAGUGGACAUCUGAGUCUGGGUUGGUUGAGAACAUGGACGUCGUCGUGGAGGAAUACAAAAACACCAGGCAGCUGCAUCCCAUUAGAAUCUUCCUGGUUGGACCUCCAUCUGUGGGUAAGACCACUGUCGCAGAGAGGCUCUGUCGUCAUUACCAGAUACACCACAUUCGGCUCAAAGAGGUCAUUGAGGAAAAGAUCACACAACUGAAGGAGCUAUUGAAUGAAAAUGACGCUGAACAUGUCAGUGAAGAGGUCGCAGCUGCUGCACAGGCACAACUGGACAAUAUCAACAAAAGCAUGGAAAAGAAUGCAGGUCGACUGGACGACCACCUGGUUUUUGAGAUUUUCCGAGAGAAGCUGAAUUCAAAGCCGUGCAGGAACCAAGGAUUCAUUCUUGACGGCUUCCCUAAGACCUAUGCGCAAGCACAAUUUAUUUUCGAGGAGGACGAAAUGGACGAGGACACAGAGGACCAGGAUGUGAUCAUUAAAAAACGAGGCUACAACAAGAAGAUCACUCCAGAGCAUGUGAUCGCCUUGGAAGCAUCUGACGAUUUCCUGACCAAAAGAGUACAAGGACUUACGGAGAGUGUAGCAGAGAAGAUGCGUUACACGCAGGACGAGUUCCUCCCUCGGCUGACGAGAUACAGACAGCUCAGUGGUGCCGAGGAAUCCCUGCUGGACUUCUUUGACGAGCUUGAGAUUCACCCAGAACAUAUGGAGGUCACCACAGACGACCUUGAGUACACAGAUGUCGUGAAGAAAAUCACAGUGAUGGUGGGGGUUCCCAAGAACUACGGGCUUAGUCCAGAGGAGCAGGAGGAGGUGGACAGGAAGAAAGAAAAGCUGAGGAGGCAGACGAUGGCCGCAGAGGCUGCCGAGAAUAAACGCAGGAACGAGACCGCACUGGCUGCGAUGGCCGCUCCGUACGAGGAGUGGAAGAAGAACGUGGCCGAGGUGAAGAGACAGGAGCACGAGCUGCUGGAGGCUCACUCUCUUCCCCUGAGGAACUACCUGAUGAAGUACGUGAUGCCCUCGCUCUCCGAGGCCAUGUUAGAAGGCUGCAAGGUCAGACCGGAGGACCCCGUCGACUUCCUGGCUGAACAUCUUCUACAGAACAACCAAGAAGAUUAAACCGUUAUUUCACGAGGAUGCAUAUUCAUUUGCCGUUUAUUUCACAGUAAUUAACAUAAUAGUACCAGACGUGGAAAUGUAAAAUGAACUCAGUGAACCACCAGGUGUUACAGACUUGAAAGAAUAUGAGCGUGCUUCAUUAGAAAGCUCUCUCAACUCAACUAGUUCUCAAUAAUGGUUCACACAUUCCUUUAACAUACUUAAAACACUAAAUCCUACACUUACAGUAUAAAAACUAGGCCAAAUUUGUUUAAUUUGGGACUUAGGGCUCAGUGUCCGUCAGAGAUGUCUGUAGUAAGAUAUCCACUCGUUGCAGGUCAAGUCCUCUCGGAGCCUCCAUCUGCUCUGUGACUCAGCUCCCACCGCGCUGUACAGUCUUGCGUUUACUGGAAGAAGCUGGCUCAUGCAAAGAUUAACUGAUGAGCACGCUGACGUUCAGAAAGACUUUUAUAUUGUCUGAAGCUUUUUUGGGGGUUGCAGGUGAUAAAGUACAGAGUUUAAAAAAUGUUUUUUUUCUUAUGGAUUAUAUGAAAAUCCAGUAUAUUUUAUUUCCAAUUUUUAAUCAAAUGUAGGUCACAAAAAGAGAAGCUGAUAUCCUAAAGCUACAUAUAUUCAGGUUUCAGUUCCUCCAACUUUUGUAGCGUCUGCUCCUUCAACAGUAGGUGGUGCAGGAAUUCUUUAUAGAAAGUUCACAGAGGACAACGAGAGACAGAGACACUUGAACUGAAGUCUUCAAGUGUCUGGUUCAUUAUUUAUAUGUUUUUCAGUUUCUCCCAAAGACAGAGAGUGCACAUAAUAUUAAAUCAUAAAUAUGAAAAGCACUGAAAUGCAUCUGUGCAUCUGAUUCUGGCUGCAGAGACGGUCUUUGUUCUAAAUGUGGUUAUAAAACAUCAUAAAAUUAGAAUGUCGCUGCAGUUUGUUUUGGAUUAUUUCAGUCAAAACUGGUGCCUGCCGUUCACUUUGUAGUUCGUUAGUGACUGAAGAGCUGUGGAAUCCAUUGUUUCAAUAGAAGCUGUCUGCAGACUUGCUAUAUAUUUUAUAUAUACAGUGAAUGGAAAAUAAAUCACAAGAUAAUAGGA